CCAGAUACGUCGAGACAGCGUAAUUGACUCCGUGUAUUACUAUCUCGGUACGCCGAUCCAAGAUCUGUGGGUCUGCCCGAAAGCAGCCUCUCAUCUGCUUCCACUACCUUAGCCGACGGAAAAUGCCACCCCAGUUAUUCCGGCUUUAUCUGGUUUACCGCUAACUGCACUACCGGCACUUUCACCCAAUACACCGACCAAGAUUGCUUGAGAACCCCGAACGCCACGUCUGUCCGGGGUGACUCCCGAUGCAUUGAUCAGCACUUGAUCAGUGCAUUGACCGGUGGAGAGAGGCAUUUCAAUAAGUUUGACGUGGGCUGUCUCGAUGGCGGCGCUUUGCUGGGGAUGUUACCACAGCCCGUGUCAACAUCGACGCCAUCCACGUCGUCCAUUCCUUUCGCGACCCCGUCAACCACACCCUCGUCUGUUGGAACUUCGGACGGGGACGAUGCUGCAGAUAUCCGACGAGAGGGUGACCCGGCUAGCGCCGGUCAUCCCCGCCGAGAGGUAUCAUGCUUACGCCCCCUCCGACGCCGUGCACAGCACCGCCGUGCACACCGACUCCCACAUGAGCGCCGCCUCCACCUCCCGCGUCGGCACCGCUCUCAGCAUGGACGGCAGCGUAUACUCCCACGGCUCCUCCGCACCCACCCGCCAACACUCCCUGUACCAACGCAACCCCACCCUCGCCGCGCCACCCCAAUACGAGACGAUCGCCCACCACGCGCCCGCAGAACCCCAGCAGGAAGUCGCGGUCGCAUCCCAUACGCCGGGGAGCGAGGAUGAGUUGGGUGUGGCGAAGGGCGAUGUGGUGGUUGUGGAGACGAAGUAUGACGAUGGGUGGGUCUAUGGACGGAAUGUGUGGACGGGGGCUAAGGGUGUGUUUCCGGAGAGGUGUGUGGGGAAGUCAUAGGUUUAGUGUAGGCAGAUGGUGGGUUGCGAGGUCGGCUGGCCCGCCCAAUCCUUUGGCGUAGACCCCUUCCCUACGAGCGUAGCCAAUACAACUGCCCUUAUAGCGUAGCCUCCCCCCGCCCUUUCCCUUUCUUUUGCAAGCCCUCAUGUAGAUACACGAUGCACCUCUGGCCUCUUACUCAUAUGCCACAUAUGUCAUGCAUACGUAGUGUGAACUG